AUGACCAGGACGGCGGCGCAAAAGGCACGCAGAAACGAUGAAGAAAGUGACCGGCCUGGUGAAGAGAUCAAUAGCGUGCGGGAGGCGGACCCGAAGAAUUAUGGGCAAGCCAUGAAGAUUGAGCACGUGAAGGUGAUUCUUGUGCUUGCGUUGCGUUGGGGAGUACCGGCGAGACACGGGGAUAUUCCCAACGCGUACGUGAAGGCUGAUAAAGAAGAGCACUUGGAUAUCUACUUGGCGAUUCUACGGGUGUUGAAGAUUUAA